CCGUUCGAGUUGUUAUAACGAAAACCCAAACUCAAAACGAAAUAGAGAACAGUGCAAAAGGUCACGAAUUAGAAGUAAAGGGAAUUAAUUAAAAAAUAUUAAAAAAAAAUAAAAAAAGUGUUGAUAAUUUAAUAUAAAUUAGAAAUUGUGAAAUACCAGAAAUAAUACAACAAGUCUGAAACACAAAAAAUAAUUGGCGCAAAACAGCGAGCGUCAACACUCCGGCAACGCAAUGCAACGUUUCGGCUAAAUCGCUUGUCGCGCGUAUUUGGCGUAAAUAAUUGUGCCGAUGGCGUAGCAAAAAUAACAAAAAAAAGAGAAAUAUUGAAAAAGUAAUAUUUGCAUUGUGCGCCACCAGGUAAAUGAGCCGCGCAAUUGUAACGAAGUGAAAUAAAACGAAAGACUAACUUCAAAAGCAAAGCGCAAAUCUGCCGAAACCACAAAAUCAAUAAAGCAAAAAAUAAAAAAAAAAAUAUUAUAACUAAUAAAAAGUACACAACAGCAACAAAAAAUCAACAAAAACAACUCAAAUAGCGAAGCUGCGCGGUAAAAGCACAGCGCAAGCAAACGAGGCAACAUGGACGCGGUCAAUUGGUUGCGGUUUGGUCUGCUGCUGACGCUUGCAUUUUUUGAGCUCAGUCACUGCAUACAAGUCACACCAGUGCCAAAAAUUGCCAACAUCACAAAGCCGUUACUACAAGAAGAACUUCUGCUUGAUACAAAUAACGGUACGCUGGUUAGUGACUCGGUGUUAAGCGCCUCCGAGCGUAAUCGUCGUUUGAUACCCUAUAUGGCUUUCUAUUUGGCACCGGAUUUUCCGAUCAAUCAACAAUAUGCGGUUCAAGGUCCGAAAGGAGCGCUACCACACAGCAGCAAAUAUACGAAACCGAUGGCGGUGGAAGGACCUCUGCCACCGGCCAGUGGACACAUAGCUUUGCCGCAGGAGUACAUGAAUUUACGCGCACCACCGCCUGGCACCCUCAGCGACAGCGACUUGACAUACGCACCAGCACCACAACAACACUAUCUUCCAAGUGCCGGCGAUGUCUAUCAUCAGUUGGCAUACUCCGCCGCAGGACCACCAACACCGCCGCCGACAGCCACGCCACAGCACAGUCCACCACCGCUCUCACAAGCACUCAUCAAUACGAAGAGCAGUAAAGUGCCAGUGUUGCACUUAUUGCCACCCGGACCACCGGGCCCCACUGUGGCGCCCAUCAUAAAGCACAAGCACAAAACGGUACAGCAUUUCCCGCCCACGAAGCCGCCAGCGGUGCAACAGCUGCCGUACGAGCAGCCGCAGCCGCAGCCGCCGCGACAGAAGACGAUACGCCACAACGCAGUGCACCAGCAACAACAACUGCCGGUAUUUGCACAGUCACAGCACGAACUCCAGCAUCCACAACAACAACAGCAGCAGCAACAGGCGCCCGUGUUUCGGCAGCAAACGCGUCCGAAAGCAUCAAAAGUCAAUUUAACACCAUUUACACCGUCAAACACACUACCCGGUCAUUUUAUACCGAUUAUUUACACGCCAGUAAGCGGCGAUGACAACAGCAAUAACAACAAUAACAACAACAAUCAUGAUGGCAAUGCACUUCAUUAUGGCUAUGACAAUCCGACGGUAGUAUUGGUUGAUGAUCUGUCGCCUCCGUUGCAGCCAGUCAAUCUGCCACAACAACAACCACAACCGGCACCAUUCAAGCCAAUUUCGCCGUCGCAUGCCACAGCAAGCAACGAAUAUACGCUAGUACCUUCAGCUGUGCCGAUUGAGGCGCAUCAUCAACAACAACAACAACAUCAACAAUACGAACAACAGCAACAGUACCAACAGCCAAAGUACAUUACUGCAACUGGCGUACCCGGAGACACACUCGCGCCACAGCAAGCGGAUCUGCCAAGAGGACCCGCCACAGGCGCAGCACUGAUUCCACAUUCGACGACAAGCUCCACCUAUCACAUAAUCAAUGAGCCAUCAGCACCUGUGCAUCCAUCAUUAACAUCUGCACCGCAAAAGCAAACACAAUUGAAGCAACAACAACAAACACAUUCGCAACGGCAUUCGACGCGACCGCGACAAAAACAAUCGCAUUUCCAAUUGCCGAGACCGGUGAAUUUUUUCGACGGCAUCGCGCCGGCACAGGAAUUACUAGAACAACAACAACCGCCACAGCCACAGCAGCAACAACAGCAGCAGCUGCAACAAGAAUUGGUGGCGCAGCAGGACUCGUACACGUAUUUGAAUGAUGAGACGAUGACGCCACAGGAGAAAUACGUGCGCUAUUUACAACAACGCAUCCGUUACAAUAAGCAACAACAGAAGCAACGCGAACGCGCUAAACAGCGUGAUAAUUUCAUUCCACGACAACAAUACGACGCGGAACAGCAGCCACAACAGCCGCCACAUUCGCAAAUUGUUGUGCUUGGCGGUGACGGUGAUGCUCCGCCAUCCGCACCCGCGCCACCCUUUGGCCCCGCCGCCGCCAAUAAUCAGCAGCAAUUAGACGCGAACGCACAAGUCAAUUAUCCGCAACAUAGUCCCAUAAGGCAUGCCGUGUAUCCGCAUCCCGAGCUGCAUGUGCCGCCGAAUCAUCAGCCGCCGACGAAUGUGGCAACGCUGAAGCAAGUUGUAAAAAUUCCCGUGCGCACUUUGGUGAGCGAGGCUCUGGAUGCAUUCCAACAGCAGCAGCAACAACAAUUGGCGAUUAAGGGCUCGAGUGGUGGGGGCGUGGCGUAUCGGCAGCAACAGCCUCAAUAUGCAAGCGGUUUGGGACCGCCGGCAACUCAAUAUAUCGACUACAUCGUUGACGACCCCAAGCAAUCACUAGACGAUGAGCACCAACAACAACACAGCGCAGCAAAUAGCGUGCCACAAAAGCCUGCAACGCCACAAGAUACUUUUAUUGUUAUAUCAACCUCAUCGCCACCAUUGAUUGCACCUGUCGGCGGCAUUAACCAAGAUUACUACGACUCCACCCACAGGCCAAUCUACAAGCAACAGCCAGCACUGCGCUUACAACCGUUGCCGCCGGCCAACAGCAAACACAACUACGCCACUAGGCGUCCAAUUGCAGCCGCCGCAGCACCAGAAACACAACCACCACCGCCACCAGCGACAACUGGUGUGGUGAAGCUCAAUUUUGGCGAUGUUAUAAAACCGGCUGCGAAAUUGCGGUCAUCACACAAAUAUGCCGGUGGUAUCGGCAGCAAGUUGGCACCGCCAGCGCCGCCACUUGAGCCAGAGGUAACACCACCCACACAGCAACAACACCAGGAGAAGCAGCAAGUAAGUGUGCCCGAAUAUUACAAUCCACCGGUGCCAGUGGUCGCCAAAACCACACCAAUUUUGGAUCCCAACCAGCUGCCAGACAUACGUUCCUCCUCGUUGGCAGAGAUUCUGCACAAGUUGCAGGCGAGCAAUCACUUGCCAAGAACACUGACGCCGGAAAAUAUUGAUAAUUCGAUUAAGACGCUUGUCACGAUAUUGGAGAAUCUGAAGCAAACACAAACAAUUGUGCCGAAUCCGCCGCAACAUCACGAGCGACCGGCUGUCGCGCCGGACUAUGACUACGGCACGAGCAGCGAAGAUUUGAACGCUGCAGCGCCGGACCUCAGUAGUGUGUUGUCGCCGGUAGUGCCAAAUAAGCAUCCCGGACCGAGCACCGGACGCGCUGGCAUCGAUUACCCCAAUUACGCUGAUAUACCACAGACGAAUUUCAACUGUGCGGAGCAACGCUACAAAGGCUUCUUUGGCGAUCCCGAAACGAAUUGCCAAGUGUGGCAUUAUUGCGAUCUGAAUGGCGGCAAGGCUUCGUUUCUAUGUCCCAAUGGCACCAUUUUCAGUCAGAUCGCCCUCACUUGCGACUGGUGGUUCAAUGUGAAGUGCUCCACAACCGCACAGCUUUAUGUGCUGAAUGAGCGACUCUACAAAUAUAUUCUACCAUUUACGCCAAAGUUCCCCGAAGACUACAGUGGACCGCUCGUCGACAAGUAUUUAGCAAUGAAAUUCCAGGAGAUGGAAGAAAAGAUGCGUAUUGAAAAGGAGAAAGUAGAAAAAGCGGCAAUCGCCGAUGUUGUAGCAACCACAGGCACAGAAACGAGCAACAACAUUGAAAGCGAUGAAGUCAGCGACGGCGCUGAUACGGACCAUGACACAAGGAUACACGCUGAUAGUGUCGAUGAUGACACCGACAACGAUGACGAUACCGAAGUGACCACAGUGGCGGACCUACGCACGCUACCACGCACUUUGAACCCACAUAAUAAUCUGGGCCCGAUCAAUGCACACGUGAGUGAACAAAGCUCCGAGCGCAAUCUACUGAUCGAUGACGAAGUCGAUGAUAUAGCGAAGCGUGGCAGCGUUGAUACAUUCGAAAGUUCCACUAUACCGACCAUAUCGGUCACUGUGAGUAAGGUGGACGACACGCCUGCCUUCAGUCUGAAACCAAUUGUGGUAUCCUCCACACAAGGACCCGACUACGAUGAUGAUACAAAUGAUGCACCGGCAGUGCAGCAUAACCUACGCAAUGCCGAGGAAGCGACAAGCAGAACGCUGGCAGCGGAGACGGCGCAAACAACCGCACAAACACAGCUGCUGCAAGAGGGAAAUCAAGCACAAGUGCAGUCAUCACCGAAGCCGGUGCGGCAAACGGCCAAUAUAGAUGUGGAAAAAGUGGAAGUAAUCGAAAUUAAAGCCGAAGGCGCAGCUGGUCAGCUGGGAGCGAAGAUGUACUAUGGCGCCGAGAGUUCGAAGGAUGUGCGGUAAAUGUAUUGUGUGCCAGAAUAGCGGAGGUAUUAGGGGACAGUGUGUUUGAAAUGUGUUUCUUGUUUACGGCAACACAAGAAAAUGGAGUCGGUUUGAUUGGGUGUAAUAAAAAGACGGGAGUUUUAGCUUGUAAGCAAUUCGAGGUGGAGCACAAACGUUUGCCAUUUGGGAAUUAAAUUGUGAAACAGUAGCUGAAUGAGAUAAUUAUGCGACAUUUGAAUAUUUUUUCUAUCGUGGUAUUAUUUAUAUUUCGCCUUUACUGCAACAAAUGCAACAGUAAUUUUAGUUUUAAGUAUUAUUUAGCAAAUUGGUUAGCAACUCAUGUCAAUUAACGAUCGUUAAUGACUCUAUAUGUUACUUGCCAUAUUCAUUAACUGCUUGUUUUUGUAACUAAACUAUUUAAAUGCAAAAACUGAAAAUUUAGUUUCUAGUAUUUUAGACGAUGCAUAAUUUAAACGAAA